AUGGACACGAAACGAAGCCUUUCAGGGGCUCCCCCCAGUCCUCGCAAAUGGACACAAAAGCGGGUCAAGACGGACUCAUUACUUGAAGACAGUCGCCUGUUCAGACCCACUUCGCCGCUCAAGUGGCACAGAAAGAAGGCUGGAAUCCGCCCAAAGAUUUCUGCUCCUCUGGAGGCUGCCAACACAAAAUUUUAUACCCCUGCUGGCAGCCCCCGAACCGACGCCGGUGGGUUUGCAUACAACGUGGAGUUGCCUCAUUCAUUUACCUUCAACCACUCCAGCAUCUUCCACGAGCACCUUUCGGACUCUGAUAAGUCUCGGGAGGAGAAGGAGAGAGUCUUCAAUGUCUCUGUUGACUCCUUUUCUAAGAGCAUGGAGAUGCUGAAGCAGACGGGUACUGCCUCCAGCAGUCGACUGAAUCUGUCAAUGCGGCCGCUGGCUCCUCUCGCAUUGUCUUCUGUCCCCCCUCUUGAUAUUCCUCAUGAGCUGAUGCAGCACAACCGCGAGAGCCCCUCGGACGACGAGUUUCAUGACACCAGAACGUCAUUCCGACACAGUAUGGUAUCUCUUCAUGGCCUCACCGACAUUAACAACGAGAUCAACGACAUCAAUGCGCAGAUUCAGGACAUUAAUCAACAAAUUCGGGGCAUUGGAGAGGUGGAUAAUAUUGUCACAGUCUCGGCAAUUGCACCAGUUGAACAGAUGGUGACUGCCAAGAUGGACACCACUCCUGACAGUGUCAACACAGAAAAUAUUCUCGACGAGUUGUCUUCUCUACAGCAUGAGGAUGAGGAGGAUGCGGAGGAGGGCGAGGGUGAGGAUGAGCAGGUCGUGGAGCAGAGUUCAGAGAGUGCUGCCGCAGCUGCUGAGGAGGAGGACGACUCAUUACGGCCUCUGGAGUACGAUCUAGGCAAUGGACCCAAAGCUUCAAUGCCACGAUUCCCCACUUCUUCGACGUUGGGUACUCUCGUUGAUGACUCUGAUAAGCAGAAGACUGUCACUGCUGCAGCGGCAGCAAACAUUGCAUCUCCCCGAUCGUUCGCAACUUCAGCUUCUGCUCGGACUCUGUUUGCUGAUCGGUUCAUUGAUCCCGAAAGCAUCAGAGACAGCAUUCGGGUUGUGGAUAUUAGUGUUCGAGAUGAUGAUGAGGAGGAGGACCCGAGGGAGGAAGAAGGACGCCACGAGGGACAACCGCACCAACAGGAGCAGGAGGAACCAGAGACCAGUAACGACGACUCGUCUUCUGCUCUCAACUCUUCUUCUGUCAUCGCAUCUACCCCCAUCGAGCUUUCUCAUGCUAAUCUCCCCACUAACCUUUUCCGAACCCACCAAGACCGAUCCAAGUACACCGAGUCUGGUAUCCUUGACAACCGCGUGUCUCUCAUUUCCACUGGAGACAAGUAUCCUCUCGAUAUCGACAAUGUUUCACCUGUCAGAGGAGUUGAUGAGCCUUCUUUUUCUCUCCGAGAUGUUCCCAUCGAGACUUCUCAUCGAGACGACUAUGUCUUUGAGCAGAUGAAGCAGGAAGAGGAUGGACUUGAGGGUGGGCUUGCACCCGCCGUUUCGUCGACUUCUCGACCCAUUUCCUCGGUUUCGACCCACUCCUCCUCUCUUGCUGGCACUGCUUCCUCCACAGACUCUCUUGGCAUCCAUUUCGCACCCCCAGACUUGCUGUCUCAGCCUCUGGGCUUCAAGAUGGUGUCCAACGACAUGGGUGGCUGCUCAUCUUCGGAUGAUUCAGCUGUUCAUCAUACCAACGAGGCCACCGAACGAGCCAUUCCCUUGGGUAAUUUUGCCAACAGCUCGUUUGCGGAGCUCAAUUCUGGCGACUACCAGUUCCCAGACAUUGAGGUGGAUGAACCCCAAGAGCCCCAAAUGAGCCAGGUCGCUCCUGAGACUCCAAUGUCGGUCCAUUCUCAGCAGUUCUCGUAUCCUCCUUCGUUGUCAUACUCUCCCGCCUCCAUGGAAGAGCCAAUCAUGCAUCCCCCUCGUUCAUAUGUUCCGUUUGUGUUUCGAUCUCGAGAGCUCGACGAGAAGGACCAGGGUCUGUAUGCGCAGAAUAACACAGUUUUUGUUAAUAACGCCUUCAUUCCCUUCUAUCCUUCCCCCGAGAAUUCUCCUCAGUUCCCCAACAUCAACUCGUUCCCCGAGGUGAGAGGAGUCUCUAACAAGGAGCCUCCCAAAGAGUAUCUUGAGUUGAAGGCUGAGCGAGAUAAGGAGAUUGCCCGUCUGACUCGCGAGUUUGAAGAGCGAGACAAACAGCUUCUGGCUAAGGGAGUUGGUAAGGACACUAGCCCAGAUGUGUUCAAUAUUCCUGCCACUCCUGCUCCUCUCCGAGUUCGAAAGCAACGAAAGGACAGACCCAUCAGUGAUCGACCUCUCAGUGAGGUUCCUCAGAUCCCCAAGCGAUCUGCUUCUCGACGGUCCUCUAAGCGGUCUUCCUUGAUCCCCUCUUCAGAGACUUAUCAUACUGAUUUGGAUGCUAUUGAGCCUCUUCCCAUGAUUGAUGCUUCUCGCAUCGAGCCGGAGGUUGAGGUUGAGGAGAAACAGGCCGAGGUUCUUUCCCCUUCUCUGUCGCAACAGCGACAGGCUUCCGCUGGUUCUACAGGUACUGUCAUUCGACAUCCUCUUCAGAACCAAUUCCCUUCCCUUCCAGACAACCAGAUGUUGUUUAUGACCCGAACUGGUCAGAAGCAAAACUUUGGCAAGAUCCAGCCCCUCAAGAGCAACCCAGGAGGCACACAUUUGUACGAUCUUGAAGCCCAGAAAGAGAACAACAUGUGUCGAGACUCGAUUUCGCUGUUGAUGCUGUUUCUGUUCUUCUUCAUGCCUCCUCUUUGGCUGGCUAUGGGUCUUGGAUACCUAGAUUCGGUAGCAGGAGAGGUCAAGCAGUCUCACAAGAAGGCGGCGUUGGCGUUAGGAGGAACCAUGAUGGUGGCUGUGGUUGUUGGCAUAUCGGUAGGAUUAGGAGUUGGUCUGACGAGGUAG